AGGAACAUCUCGCUGAUGCAGGAGAUCGACGCCCAAUACCAAGAGAUCCUAAAAGAAUUGGAUGACUCCUCUGAGAAGUUCAAGCAUGAGAUGCACAGCACCCGGAAGUGGCGAGUGCUGCACCGCAUCCAGAGGGCCCUGAUCCGCAGCCAGGAGCUGGGCCAUGAGAAGAUCCAGAUUGUAAGUCAGAUGGUGGAGCUGGUGGAGAACCGAACCAUGCAGGUGGACAGUCACGUGGAGCUCUUCGAAGCACACCAGGACAUCAGUGACAGCACCAGCAGCAGCCGCAAGCCCGGCAAGGACAAGUCCAGGAGUGAUGCAAUCACUCAGGCAGACAAGCAGAAUAACAAGAGGUCCAUGAGGCAGCGAAACGAUGAGAAUAGAGAGAAUGCAUCUAAUAAUCACGACCAUGACGACAUCACCUCAGGAACGCCCAAGGAGAAGAAAGCAAAAACCUCAAAGAGGAAGAAACGCUCCAAGGCCAAAGCAGAGAGGGAAGCCUCUCCCACAGACCUCCCCAUGGACCCCAAGGAGCCCACCUACUGUGUGUGCAAUCAGGUCUCCUAUGGAGAGAUGAUUGGCUGUGACAACCAUGAGUGCCCCAUCGAGUGGUUCCACUUUUCGUGUGUGGGACUCAACCAUACACCAAGGGGCAAGUGGUACUGCCCCAAAUGUCGGGGAGACGAGUAAACAUUGGACAAAGCCCUGGAAAAGUCCAAGAAAGAAAGGGCUUACAGCAGGUAG